UGUUGGCCAGAAGCGGGUAGUCUACUAGCCCACAUUGCCUCCUUCUCUCCCAAACACACAACAACGUUUCCUAUCGGUCUCAGUGACUGCUGAUUGGAGCAUCCGCGACCGUCAUCUCGGAUGUAACGCUCUCCCUCCCUGUUGGUCUUUGAAAACUCGGACCGGAAAGACUUAAGUGAUCUAAGGAGGAGAGAUGGCGGAAGUGGGGUCUGGGAAGGGCACGAGGAAUGAAUGGAGGCAGGCCUGACACACACAUGUGGCAAGAUAAACAAGACCAAGCUGCACUACCAGACCAUCUCACCACCAGACCACACUCACGGUAUGCAGCCGUGUGCCUGCGACUCUCGCCCGCGGACCCGGAAGGUGACUACACAGCCGUGUCAGUAGGGCCGGAUUGAUGUUCAGUCAAGGAGAGCCGAAUGCUGGAGCGUGGCAGAAAGGCUCACCACAGCCAAGAAAACGCGAGGUGUUGAGGCUGGGCUGUGUGGCAGCACUCACUCAUUACGUUAACAAUAGGUUUUUAGGUGGGGCAGCCACACUGAGAACGUGAGGGACCGAGACAAGGCUACUAGACACUACGAUGAAAACCCCAUAAUUGGUCUCCCUCCGGUAACUCAUUUUGAACUUAGACAAAGAGGAUUUGUUUUUACGAAAUACCAUUUUCCUUCAGAAAGGACAAAUUGAGGUCAUCCCUCAGAUGUGAAGAUGUUGACGCAGCUCGAGCUGUUUAAUGCCACUGAGGGACUCGGAGGAGACGACGACAGUGGCAUGUCCGUCGUCUCGCCGCUGGAUGGACUGACCGAGUACCCUAUGGAGCAGGCGGAAUUUGAGUACUUUGAACCCAGUUUACCCACUGACUCCUUCUAUGAUGUGCCUCAGUCCCAGGAUCUCCACCAGACGCUGCCGCCACCGCCUGAAGGAACUCCUACGGCAACGUUCAACACCCCUGUGUACGACCCCAAUUGCUACGACUCUACUAACACCAUCAUCUACGAUCAGGACGACAUGGUAGCACCUUUCACCAAUGAGGUCGCAGCCUUCAACGAUGACCUUAAGUCCCCGAACGACAUUACCUCCUACGAAGACGAGAUCAAGACAGAGUUGAAGUUCAGCGAAGACAUGGGCUAUGACGGGUUCUCCGAGAGCCUGUACGAGAGCAGCUUGGGAGCCCCCGAGGCUCACACGGAGACUCUGGGGUUCGAGAGCGUGUGUGGCGCCUUCGAUGACGACCAGGUUACUACAAAAGACGAAGCCUACAGCAGGACAUGGGAGGAAGGUUCUGGCAAAGGGAAGAUCGGUCCACUACAGAGACGGGCUCUGGACUCCAUCUUCAGCGUCACAGAUAAGCCAUCACGCGGAUUAGUGCUGCACAUUGCCUCGGAGUUGGGACUCCAUCAUCUCACUGUCAAGAAUUUCUUCUCUAAUGGCCGCAGGCGGCUACGGCGGGCAGCAGCAAGACUCAACGACCCGGAACGCAGCAGGCGGGAAAAUGAACGGCGGAAAGAGAAGCGUCGUUUAGCCGCCCUUUCCUCUGCACUGUCCAUAGGUGAUGGCAAGGUGGCAGCAGUUGUCGCUAGAGUAACAUCGCCUCAGACGCCUCCCGCUGACUCCCCGCCUCCCAAAGAAACGCCAGUGGUAUCGCCUCAACGCAAAGCUCUCAUGGAGAAGCUGGCAGACAAGGUGCAGAGGAGCGUGGCGCAGCGCUCCCUGGCUGCAGACCUCGACCUACUCCGCUCAAAUUCCUCACAGACUCUAAUGAAUCAAAACUCACACAUCUUCCUCUCACAUUCCUCACAAGAAAUCCUGACACAACCUCCAAAUGAUAUCCUGUCGCAGGCAUCACAUGACAUCUUGACACAAACCACUCAUGAUCUACUGACACCCUCACCCCACGAUUUUCUUACCCAGUCGCCUCAAGAGCUCAUAGACCAUAGAUCGACUCCUCCGUCGUUAUUACAGCCACACACUGAUCCAUGGGGCUUGUUCUGAUCUCACAAGCUUUACCUCGCCUAAAUGAGCCUAAGGUCUCCAAACACAAUGGUGUUCCAUUUGGCCCACAACCUCGCAUAUUCCUUAUAUUGGUUUUACAUCACUGAUCCACAACAGCCUCAGCGAUGCGGGAGAUCAGUCAUGCACAAUGUGUUCUUUUUAACCCACACGAUACACUUCUAUAGCGAGUUAUUGUAACUUUACUCUCGGUAAUAACCUCCUGUAUGUGCCUUCAAGUUCAAGUAUGUUUAUUGAGAUAAGCAAUAAAUACAUCUCAAAGGGAUAGAGUAGCUUAGGCUAUUUCUACCCCCCUGUAUGUGCCUUAAUUUGCCAUGAGGUGCCUCUACGCGUGUCUCUAAUUUUGAUGUAAAAAACCCACAAACAACUCUUACCUCCACACACGUUUCUGAGGCAGUUGCCGUCUUCGCAAAUGAUGUCAUUUGCCUCAAGUCAGCGGGUCUUCUGGCUCAGGUGAAGGCAAGUCUCUCGCGUUCUUUAUACUUUAACGAUUCGAAUUAUUAUGCACUAUGUUCAUUCAGACUAUUAUACAUACCCCUAGAUUCAUUAAGCAUGCCGAUUUAAUAUGUGCACCCCCAGAUCAAUGUAUCUGGCUACUCAGGUGAACGCAUAUGGCCUAAUUCAGUGAUACUACUGAUUCAGGUAAAGCCUAACGUGCCCUAAGUCAUUGAUGUGCUCAGAGUGGAGCAACUCUCAAGCCUCAGUAAACGGGUCUUCAGCGACUCAAGUGAUAUUAUGUAAACUAGUCAAUGAAAUAUGUUAAGAAUUAUUUAUGGGUCGAGUCAGAGAGGAAUCUGUGUUUUGACUGCCACAAAGAAGCGGCAAAAUAUUGUUUUAACGAAGUCAAAUGGAAUAGCUUAAAAUGUUUUAAAAUGCUGAUACUUUUUUUGUAUUUCCCUUAUUAUUAUUUAUUUAUUAAGUUUGAAUGUAAUUUUGUCUACAUUGAAAAUUGAAUAUAAACUGUAAAUAAAAUUUAUGUUAAUUAUACAACUGUGUAGAUAAUGUAUUUAUUUCAGUUGACCCCACGCAUAUUAAAUACAAAAUGUC